AUGGCGCUUCCGAAGCAUCUCCAGAAUGGCCUCACGCCCGACGAGCACACCUUCCUCGCCGAGGAAGAGGUCAUCGACAUCGUCCCCCUCUUCUCCAUGUCCAAGGUCCGCUUGAUCUCCGGCAUCUACGGCCCCUUCACGCCACCGAGCAAGGCUACUGUCCCGCUAUGGUUGGCAUUGAGCUUGAAGCGCAAGAGGAAAUGCAGAAUAGUGGCUCCUGACUGGUUGAACCCAGACAAGCUUACCCUUCUGCUGAAGAAGGAGCGCGAGAACGCCGAAGGCUUCGAACCUCUACCCCGCCGCUUCGUCGAAACAGCGAAGGUCUUGCUCGACAUUGCUCCGGACGACCUCGCUCAACCAGCCAUGCUCCGGUCAUUGCUGAAGGAUAUCCGCGAGACUCGGCAGGCCAAGAUUCGCAUUGGUCUGCAAUCCGAGGGUGUCAUGCGCGGCCGUUACCUCCAGGUCACGAAUCUGACGCCGCUGGAGCUGUGUGAGAUCCGACCCUUCCUCGUGAAGGCGAUGGGCAUGAUGCAGCGCCUCGAGAAGGACGAGGAGGAAGAAUGA